CAGGAUUUGUGCUCCUCCCUCCACAGCCAGCUGCUGCAGAGCAGGGACCGGUGCGCCGUUUCUUCUCGCCUUGUUUGCCUCCAGUCCGGCUGUAGCUCUGACUGUCUGCGCGGCGUGUGGAGGAGACGCAAAGGGGAAGAACCGAGAGCGCUCCGAAACCCAGACUAAAAGAAGUCUUAUCGUUUCCUCUCCGGGCUGUACCUGUGGACUGGGCCGCUGGAGACCUUGCACACAGACUUGACAGUGAGGAAAAGACGUGCUCGGAGUUUGAUUUUGUAGCGAGACUGGGGCGCAUCUCGUCUCCUUGAAGUGCUCCCUUUUUUAUGCAGUGUAGCCGUCGGAAGGAGCCUGGGUGCACGCUCAGGAGCAGGAGGAGGAGGAGGUGGAGAGGGGGGGAGUAGGAACGAUCAUUACUUUUGAAUAGAGCCCCUCGACAUGGAGCUAUCGGUCCGGUCCUGGACGCGUUGGCUGGGAGAAGAUCAGAUACCUGCUACGGGAAACCCCACCAACACCACCACCACCACCACCAUCCGCCCGCUGUGAAGAAAGUGGAGCAUGCAGCCGAGCCCCAGCCGUCUUUGUGCGACCCGCUGCUUAGUUUCUGGGGGCCUCCUCUGAAAAACGGAGAGGAGGGGGGCUCCGGGUGUUAAUCUGAAAUUCACACUCCAUGCCGGGAUCCAUAUUUUGGCACGGCGUACCACUAUGAGAAGAUGACUGUUGAUGCUCCUCCGAGGACAACUGAUCGUUGACGUCGCUCCAGCUUUCCAGUCUCCCACUGCAACUUACUGAACCACUAUAAUUAGCAUCCAGGCUCCUGGAUAGUUUGCAUACAGCGCACCAUGGCCUCUGCACUAUGGAGGUGUCCGGCCUUUCGCUGCCUCCUGCUCCUUCUCCUUUGCUUUCACUGCUCAGAAGGGUUCAGCCGGGCAGCCUUGCCGUUCGGGCUGGUCAGGAGAGAGCUCUCAUGCGAGGGAUAUGCAAUUGAUCUCCGCUGCCCGGGGAGUGAUGUCAUUAUGAUCGAGACGGCCAACUACGGCCGCACUGACGACAAGAUCUGUGACGCUGACCCGUUCCAGAUGGAGAACGUCAACUGCUACCUCCCCGAUGCCUACAAGAUUAUAUCACAAAGGUGCAACAACCGUACGCAGUGUGUGGUUGUCACUGGCUCUGAUGUCUUUCCCGAUCCAUGCCCUGGCACCUACAAGUACUUAGAGGUCCAGUAUGAGUGUGUUCCCUAUAUUUUCAUUUGUCCCGGGACUCUGAAGGGUGUAGGAGACGCCACCUUCCUGUUUGAGGCAGAGCAGCAAGCGGGAUCGUGGUGCAAAGAUCCACUGCAGGCCGGUGACAAAGUCUUCUUCAUGCCUUGGACACCAUACCGCACUGACACCCUAAUUGAGUACGCCUCUCUAGAGGACUUCAAAAAUGCCCGCCAGACGACCACGUAUAAACUUCCACAUCGUGUUGACGGUACUGGCUUUGUGGCCUAUGAUGGUGCUAUCUUCUUUAAUAAGGAACGCACAAGAAACAUUGUAAAGUUUGACCUGCGAACUCGCAUCAAAAGUGGCGAGGCCAUUGUAAAUAACGCCAACUAUCAUGACACCUCACCUUACCGCUGGGGGGGUAAGACGGACAUCGAUCUGGCUGUAGACGAGCGGGGCUUAUGGGUGAUCUAUGCUACAGAGCAGAACAAUGGGCGCAUUGUUGUGAGCCAGCUCAACCCCUACACUCUCCGCUUCGAGGCCACAUGGGAGACGGCGUACGACAAGCGCUCUGCCUCCAACGCCUUUAUGGUCUGCGGUGUUCUGCAUGUGGUGCGAUCGACCUACGAGGAGAACGAGAGCGAGGCCAGCAGGAGCCAAAUUGAUUAUAUCUACAACACCAAGCUGAGCCAGGGCGAGUACACCGACAUCCUCUUUCCCAACCAGUACCAGUACAUCACCGCUGUGGAUUACAACCCCAGGGACAACCAGCUUUAUGUGUGGAAUAACUUUUACAUCCUGCGCUACGACCUGGACUUUGGCCCGCCUGAUCCCGCUGAAGUGCCAGCCAUUGAAGAUUUCUCUGUCUCACCAUCCGUACCCAAGACCACCGCAGUCGUCACCACCACUGCUGCGUCCACUGUGAAGGGAGAGACCACUGCAGGAGGCGCAGAUCCAAGAGAUGGGAGGGACCCCUUUGAGGACGGUCGUGGCACGAGUACAGCAGAGCCCACCGUCGCUGAGAUGCCUCCAACACCCAGACGCUUCUGUGAGGCAACCAGGAGGAGAGCUAUUGACUGGCCCCAGACCCACACAGGUAGCACUGUGGAGAGGCCCUGCCCCAAAGGGACCAGAGGCAUCGCCUCCUUCCUCUGCACUGUGGCAGGGACCUGGUGCUCCAAAGGCCCGGACCUCAGCAACUGCACCUCCCACUGGGUGACUCAAGUGGCACAAAAGAUACGAAGUGGCGAAAAUGCUGCUAAUUUAGCCAAUGAACUGGCACGGCACACACAGGGCCCGGUGUUUGCUGGAGACGUGAGUUCCUCUGUGCGCCUGAUGGAGCAGCUCGUGGAUAUCCUGGAUGCUCAGCUGCAGGAGCUCCGGCCCAGCGAGAAGGACUCAGCUGGACGCAGCUUCAACAAGGCAAUUGUGGACACUGUUGACAACCUCCUGAGGCCGGAAGCUCUAAAAUCCUGGAAAGACAUGAAUUCCACAGAACAAAGCCACGCCGCCACAAUGCUUCUGGAUACCCUGGAGGAGGGCGCAUUUGUCCUUGCAGAAAACCUGAUCGAGCCGGCGAUCGUAAAAGUGCCUGCAGAGAAUAUAAUGUUGGAUGUGUACGUGUUGAGCACCGACGGUCAGGUGCAGGAUUUCAAGUUUCCUCAGACGAGCAAAGGUGGAGCAACUCUUCAGCUUUCCUCCAACACAGUCAAAGUCAACAGUAAAAAUGGCGUUGCCAAGCUUGUGUUUGUGCUCUACAAACACCUGGGUCAGUUCCUCAGCACCGAGAACGCCACGCUAAGGGGAAUGCGGGACCUGAACAAACGCAACCUCUCCCUCACCGUCAACUCCCACAUCCUGUCAGCCUCAAUAACCAAGGAGUCCAGCCGUGUGUUUGUCGCCGACCCCGUGAUCUUCACACUGGAGCACCUGGAUAAGGAGCAUUACUACAAUCCCAACUGUUCCUUCUGGAAUUACUCGGAGCGGAGCAUGAUGGGAUACUGGUCCACUCAGGGCUGCAAACUGCUCGAAACUAACAAGAGCCACACCACUUGCUCCUGCAGUCACUUGACCAACUUUGCCAUCCUCAUGGCUCAUCGGGGAAAUGUGGGGGAAGGCGGAGUCCACGAACUCCUUCUCACAGUCAUCACACGGAUGGGUAUCGCAGUGUCUCUGGUGUGCCUCGCCAUCAGCCUCUUCACCUUCUGCUUCUUCAGAGGUCUGCAGAGUGACCGCAACACCAUCCACAAAAACCUCUGCCUGAACCUCUUCAUUGGCGAACUCGUCUACCUCGUGGGCAUCAACAUGACAGAACCAAAGUUGGUGUGCUCCAUCAUCGCCGGUGUUCUCCACUUCUGCUUCCUGGCUGCAUUCGCCUGGAUGUGUCUGGAGGGUGUGCAGCUGUAUCUCAUGCUGGUGGAGGUGUUCGAGAGCGAGUUCUCUCGCAGGAAGUACUACUACGUCUCGGGGUACCUCAUCCCGGCUGUGGUGGUGGGGAUCUCAGCAGCUAUUGACUACAGGAGCUACGGCACGCAACGGGCUUGCUGGCUGAGGGUUGAUAACCAUUUCAUCUGGAGCUUCAUUGGACCUGUAACCUUCAUAAUUGUGGUCAAUGUCAUCUUCCUGGUGGUGACGAUGUUCAAGAUGGUGAAGCACUCCACCUCCAUGAAACCCGACUCGUCCCGACUGGGGGGGAUCAGAUCAUGGGUGUUGGGAGCUUUCGCCCUCCUUUGUUUGUUGGGACUCACGUGGACCUUUGGCCUGUUCUUCCUCAAUGAAUCGUCCAUCGUGAUGGCUUACCUCUUCACCAUCUUCAACACUCUGCAAGGGAUGUUCAUCUUCAUCUUCCACUGCCUCCUCCAGAAAAAGGUCCGCAAAGAGUACAGCAAAUGUUUCCGUCAGUCUCAGUGUUGUGGCGCGCUGCCACCCGAGGGCCCCCACAGUUCAGCAAAGACAGCCACGUCUCGAUCUACAGCCCGAUACUCAUCCGCGACACAGAGCCGCAUCAGGCGGAUGUGGAACGACACUGUGAGGAAGCAGUCGGAGUCCUCCUUCAUCUCGGGAGACAUAAACAGCACCUCCACACUCAACCAGGGGAUGACUGGCAACUACCUCCUAACUAACCCUCUCCUCCGAACCCACGACACUAACCCUUAUAACAACCUGCUGGCAGAAACUGUGGUGUGCAACACCCCCUCUCCACCGGCCUUUCACUCCCCAGGACAGCACUCUCUGAGCAACAGCAGGGACAUCAGCGCCAUGGACACCCUCCCCCUCAACGGCAACUUCAACAACAGCUACUCGCUUCGAGACGACGACUAUGAGGCCGUGGGUGUCAGAGCCCCGGCUGACCUGGGGGGCCUCAACCUGGACGAUGCUGCCUUUGAGAAGAUGAUCAUAUCUGAGAUUGUACACAACAACCUGAGGCCCCGCGGGGCCCCCAAAGGUCGCGACGCCCAAAGGGAGCGGGAAAGAGCCCCGCCUCCCCAGACCAGAGUGACAGUGGACCGAGGCGGGGGUGGGAGCGGUAGUGAGGACGAUGCUAUCGUGGCGGAUCACGCAGAAGCCUCGUCCCCCCCUAGAGGGGUUGGACGAGGCGGCCACACCACCCUUGAGCUGCUCCUGCACCCCCACCACAAGGAGGUGCUGGAGGCUCCCCUCUUGCCUCAGAGGACUCACUCCCUGCUCUACAGCGCCCAGAAGGCCCCGCGGCGUCUGGAGGGGCAGGGUGGCCAUGGCUCUGAGACUGUUACUGCAGUGGAGGACACAGGCUCAAACUCACCUAACAAUAACAGAGACUCCCUGUACACCAGCAUGCCAAACCUGAGAGACUCCCCCUCGCCCUCAGCUUCCCCAUACCCCCCUGAGGAGGAGGAGGAGGAGGAGCUCUCCCCUUCACCUCGAAGCGAGGGUGAGGACGCAUAUCAUAAAAGCAUGCCCGAAUUGGGUGACACCCCCCAGCCAAUGUCCUACUACCACAUAAACCGAGGCACCAGCGAUGGGUGCAUCAUCCCACCGAACAAUGAGGAGUGCCCACAGGAGGGGGAGGCACCCAGCGAUGGACAAAUGCAGCUCAUAACCAGCCUCUGAGCGCGCUGACUUUGUUUGCACAGGGUUUAACAGAUGGGUGCUGUCGGGUUGAUGUCAAGAGAGCUGGCGAUUCUGGCUCGGCACUCCACAUACCCUUCCUGUUAGGACAGGAAGUGAAAUGUUGUUGGGUGGGAAAAUAAAUGAAGAAAUAACUUUUGCACAACGAUCUCAUUAACACACAAAACACGUCCAUCCGAGGCCAGACCAAUGUGGACUGUGAACACUCUGCUGUUGGACAAAGAGGUGCAGAGAAUAACACACAGGCGGCCGUGUCAGAGGAAAGUCUGGCUGUUGUUCUGUACUGUCGGAGAAUAAGGGAUGAAAAAUACUCCAAGCGAAGAACUAUGAAACUCCUGACAUACUCCUGGGAGUUUUUGCAGGACCAGGGUCUUUUUAGUCAUGAAGUACAGCACUAGUGUGGCUCCACUACACAGGAAGGACUGUCAAGUUAAGAAACCACUAAUUCAGACUCAGGCCUUAUAUUUUCUCUAUUGCACAUUUAACUGUUGUACGAGUAACAGCUAAAGAAAAUAUAUUUUGCUGUACCACUAGUGUAAAAAGUCAAGAAAAAAAGGAAGAAAAAAACAAAUGGCAACCAUUCAGUAGUUAUGCCCUUUCAAUGUUAAUACCAAUCUACAGACAAGGUUAAUCAAAACGGUGGAAAUGUGCUUUUUCCUCUCACACUUGACUCUUGUAGUAUGUUUGAAUAUGAAAAAAAAGUUUCGAGCGAUAUCAACCAUAUGGAAUCAUGCUCACGUCUCUGCUUGUGAAGUGCUUUUUGCUUUCAUGAAUGAUGAGUUUUUUCGCCAGUAGUAUCUUUGUUAACACCAGACCAUGCACAGAAUUGGAGUGAAUUGGAAAAAAUUGUGUAAUUUAUUUUACUUGAAGGAAAUUGUCAGGUUGAAAGACUUCUGUUCGUGUCAAUGCGAUAGUGCAGUUUUUGCCGACAUGUUUCAUCCCUUGACACUAAUUAAUUUAUUAACUGAACUAUUCAGAAAAAAAAGAACAUGGUUGGAAAGUGUGAAAAGUUGUUGCAGCACUGAUUAGGUUCAUUUUAUUUCUUUUGUAAGAGCCCAUCAUCAGCUGAUAUUUAAUUCAACUCCUGUUUGAUAUCAAAUAAAUGUGAAUUUUUUUCUUGUUC